AUGGCGGCACCGCCGGGGGCCGCCGAGCCCCCACCUCGCACGUUCGCAGACAUCCUCCCUGACUCCAACGAAACCUCGCCCCUUCGCCCACCAGAAAGGUUCAAGGGCAUGCCCGCAGUCACGUUCUCAGAUCGCGAUGUGAGUCAGUUUUCCCAGAAAUUCAAAUACGCCUUGGUUGGAAAGUUCGCAAAAGGCCGGCCCUCGAUGGCGGAUCUUCGAAAAACUUUCGAUCAAAUUGUCUUUGGUGGUGCUUUUUCGCUUGGCCUGAUUGAUCAACGCCAUGUGCUCCUAAACUUUGAUCAUGAGACGGAUUUUCAACGGUGCUGGCUUCGAAAGUCCUGGUCGAUCAGGGGCUACAUCAUGCGGAUUUUCAAAUGGACUCUAGAUUUUCGGCCAGAUAUGGAAUCCCCAAUUGUUCCUGUUUGGAUCGCCUUUGAAGGUCUCCCGCCUCAUUUGCAAGAUAAGAGAGCAAUUUAUUCAAUUGCCAACUUAAUUGGAAAACCUUUGAAGGUCGACGCAUCCACUCUUGCUCAUAAUCGCCCUUCCGUGGCGCGCGUCUGCAUAGAGCUCAAUGUCUGCAACACCCCCCCGAAGCAAGUUUGGAUCACUAAUGGCUCAUACGGCGGAUUCGCCCAACAAGUCAGCUAUGAAUACAUCCCUCCCUACUGCCUGGGGUGUCGCAAAUUUGGCCACUCUCAGGUGGACUGCCGGAACAUGCAGACGGCGCUACAACCUGAACCCCGCCGGGAGGCUGCAACGGAGACGCCUCCAGCUAACCAGCAGCCUCUACUGGUUCCUCCAAGGAAGAGAUGGCGGCCUGUUCAUAGUCCGAGUCCGUCGGAAGAAGAGCAUGGGGACGGCUCAGCCCCUUAG